GAGAGGGGAUUUUGGAGCAUGUGAGGAGAGACGGUAAUUUCUCGGUUGUUACAGCUCGAACUGUGGGCAGGAUCCCUUACUGACGAGGAAGAGGCAGAGGAGCAAAUCCUUGACGCAGCGGCGCGUCGAGCUCCUCCUCAUCGAACUGUCCUCGUGCUCUUCCUUCUGCUGCUGAUUUUGACAUUCGAGGAGAGAGCGUCGAGGGUUCCAGGCAUUCAUUCGGCUGGUCGCUUUGCGUCGUAUCAGGUUCAACCAUGGCAGGUGCGAUUCAAGCGUUGAGAUGUGGUGUGGUUGAUGGCGGAGCAUUGGCCUCCUGCUCAGUGAAGCACAUUAGCAAUACUGGCAAGAGUCAGGUUGCACCCUUCUUCUUCACUCGAUCUGGAUUUGAAGGAGCGAAGUUGCGAAUUGCCUCGUCAGCUCCUUCUACGAGAAGGGGAAGCUCCGCAUCUGGCAUCAGGAGCAAAGUUUCUGUUGAAAAGGAAGCAGGAAGUGCCGAGGAAGUUUUGACCCUUAACAUUGCCGAGGAUGUCACUCAGCUGAUUGGGAAGACGCCCAUGGUGUACUUGAACACUGUUGUCGAAGGAUGCGUUGCGAAUAUUGCGGCAAAGUUGGAAAUUAUGGAGCCAUGCUGCAGUGUUAAGGACAGGAUUGGAAAUAGCAUGAUUGCCGAUGCCGAAGCCAAGGGCAACAUCAUUCCUGGAAAGAGCAUACUGGUGGAACCAACCAGCGGAAAUACUGGAAUUGGACUUGCAUUUAUUGCUGCCGCCAAGGGUUACAAGCUUAUCUUGACGAUGCCUGCUUCUAUGAGUUUGGAAAGACGCAUAUUGCUCAGGGCUUUUGGCGCUGAGUUGAUCUUGACAGACCCUGCCAAGGGCAUGAAGGGUGCUGUACAAAAAGCUGAAGAGAUUGUGAAGAAGACUCCAAACUCGUACAUGCUACAGCAAUUUGAGAACCCUGCCAAUCCUAAGGUUCACUUUGAAACCACAGGUCCUGAGAUCUGGGAAGACACUGCAGGGAAGAUCGACAUUCUUGUUUCUGGAAUUGGAACUGGUGGAACUGUUACGGGAUGUGGUCGCUAUUUGAAAAGCAAGAACCCCGAUAUCAAGAUCAUCGGAGUGGAACCAACUGAGAGCAGCAUAUUGUCUGGGGGCAAACCAGGACCACACAAGAUCCAAGGAAUUGGUGCAGGGUUUAUCCCAAGCAUCUUAGACGUGGAAAUUCUUGAUGAGGUUAUUCAGAUUUCCAGCAACGAAUCCGUUGAAAUGGCCAAGUUGAUGGCAUUGAAGGAAGGACUACUGGUUGGUAUUUCUUCCGGGGCUGCCACUGCAGCAGCUAUCAAGGUCGCUAAGAGACCGGAGAACAAAGACAAACUUAUCUGUGUUAUUUUACCCAGCUUUGGAGAGAGAUACCUGUCUUCCGUGCUCUUCCAGUCCAUUAGGGAGGAGGCUGAGAAGAUGCAGCCAGAACCUUGAAAUUGACGUAGCAUUUGGGAGCUAGUUCCCCUUUACUUUAUUUUUGAAGAGAUUGUUCAAUUGUAGAUUUUUGAGGGUGCAUAUAAUUCUUAGAGUUUUACGGCAUCUGGGUAUUUGUAAAAUGUAGAUGGAUCAGUAAAGUGACCCAUGAGAUGAAACUUGAGUAACGGAACUGGUUUUGAAUUUGAGGUGCACGGAAAGCCUGUUUGCCUUCUCUUUUAGUCGAUCGAGGUGGGCACCAUAUUCUUCAUGUUUCCAUGCCCAGCUUAGUUUCACAGUUUAUGUCCAUAAUCGGUGGGAACGCAUAAAUGCAAACAGAUCGUAAAAGUGUCGUCAUGCGUGGACAGUAAUACAAGUCCUAUUCAGAAUUAAAAAAUCAUUGGGGCCUAGCACC